AUGGCGUCCUUAUUCUUCUCUACACCGGUCGACAUCGACGUCGUGCUCGAGGAUAGCGAUGAGCGGCAGACGGUCGAUGUCAAGCUCGACAAGGGACGCCGGGAGAAGGCCCCUCUGUACAUGGAUGGCGAGUCGGUCAGAGGUGCUGUGACCGUACGACCAAAGGAUGGGAAGCGUCUAGAGCAUACGGGAAUCAAGGUGCAGUUCAUUGGGUCGAUCGAAAUGUUCUUUGAUCGCGGUAAUCACUACGAAUUCUUGUCUCUGGUUCAAGAACUCGCUGCUCCGGGCGAGCUCCAGCACCCGCAGACGUUCCCCUUCAACUUCAAGAAUGUCGAGAAGCAAUACGAGUCUUAUAAUGGCAUCAAUGUCAAGCUACGCUACUUUGUCCGGGUGACGGUUUCGCGGCGCAUGGCGGACGUCAUCCGUGAGAAGGACAUCUGGGUCUACUCCUACCGCAUGCCACCGGAGAACAACACCCCUAUCAAGAUGGACGUCGGUAUCGAAGACUGCCUGCAUAUCGAGUUCGAGUACUCCAAGUCCAAAUAUCAUCUCAAAGACGUGAUUGUCGGGAGGAUAUAUUUCUUGCUGGUGCGGUUGAAGAUCAAACAUAUGGAAUUGUCUAUCAUUCGAAGAGAGACGACGGGCACGCCGCCCAAUCAAUAUAACGAGAGCGAGACUCUGGUGCGGUUUGAGAUCAUGGAUGGUUCUCCAUCACGAGGUGAAACAAUUCCAAUCCGGCUGUUCCUUGGUGGAUUCGACCUCACCCCGACAUUCCGUGACGUGAACAAGAAGUACUCUACUCGGUAUUAUCUGAGCUUGGUUUUGAUAGAUGAAGAUGCUCGUCGCUACUUCAAACAGAGCGAGAUCACCUUAUACCGUCAAGCCCCUGAGAUCGCGACCACCCCACAGGUGGCUCAACAACAGCAGAUCCAGCAGGCUCAUAUGCAACAGCAGGCGCAACAGCCGCCACUACCUGGGGCAGCCACAGCAGGUCCUGGAAGAGAUUCAAACAACCAGCCUCGCGCAGUAGCCGCAUAG